UAUAUAUAAUUUAAUAAAAAAAUGAAUCCCAUAGAUCAGCACAAAUUAUAAUUUGUACUCAAGGAUUGCAUUCUCAAAUUGCAAUUUAUAGGAGAAAUCACAAGAGAUAAUGAUAUUUCAUCUGAAUUGGCUGGUUACGAAUAAAGUAAAUUGCUAACCGAUUAACAAACAUUGGAAGUUAAAUAUGCAGAAUUGGUUGCCAAACGAAGCACAUUGAUAGGGAUCUCAAAUAGAAAAUAACUAACCGAAACUCAGAAGCAUAUUUAAGAAGUGGCAUAAAGGCUGAAAGAAAGUACGAAGAAGUUAUGCAGGUAUAAGUUUCAUUUAAAAUAUUAGGUUAUUUAAAGAAAACCCAAAUAUAGAUUAAGAUUCAUUAAAAGUAUAUGAAGAGAGGGCAGGAUUGAUCUCAGACUUAGAAGUAUUUAUUUUCAUUUAUUGAAGAAUCUCAAAACAUUCAUUUAAAACAAUCAAUUGAAUAAAUUUGCUCAAAAUGUUACAAACAGUUUAGAAGAGUAGGAUUCACUAAGAAAAUUCGCAGUAAGAGAAAAAGAAUUAGCUGCUGAAAUAAAGAAAUUAUAAAAUGAUAAAACUUAAGAAAUUAAAGAACAUGAACAUGAGAAGACUGAAAAAUAAAAGAAUAUUUAAUCAUUAAAAGAGAAACUAUUAUAUAAAACAAAUAGAGCCGACUUAAAAAAAAAGUAUGAUGAAAAGGUGGGGACUUCUAAAGAAAAUACUCAAAUGAGAGUGUUUGAAUUUGCUUUAAAGGAUAUUGAAUAAUAAAUUUUAAAUUUUACAACCAAAAUAGAGACUGAAGAAAAGGUCCAUAAAUAAUUAAAGGAUUAUUUAAUAAGAAAAGAAGUACUUAAUAUUAUUAUAUAAAUUUAGGAAGAAUCAAAAAAGAAAACUGAUGAUCAAAAUAAAUAUAUGGAUGAGAAGAAAUAAGAGUUGGAAGAUAAAAUUGAGAAAUUGACUGAACAAAAAAAUAUUAUGUUAGAAGAAUUAGACAAAUUAAACAGAAGAUUUGAGAAGGAAGAAUUAGAAAAAUAGGAACGUGAAAGAAAAGUAUAUUUAUUCUUUAUUUCAGGAAAUAUAAGAACAAGAAGCCAAAAAAUUAAGAGAAUUACAAUAAUUGCGAAUGGAAAAUGCCAUCAAAUUAAUUUAGAACGAAUUAAUGGAAAGAAAAGAGUUAUAUGGUUUAGGUGCCAAAAAAAAGAAACCCAAAAAACCAAAGAAAUGAC